AUUGCCAAUACUCGAAACACAAUUGGCUUUGGAAACAGAAAAAAAAAUGUUUGGAAUAUCGGAAAUGAAUAUAUUUUAAAACUCUAUAUUUCGUCUGACCACUAGUAAGGGAAAAUGGCACCCAAGGGACCGGGCAAAAAGAAGAAGGAAGUGGACUGGGCCGACGAUGAGCACUUCUCCAAGGAGCGCUCCAUGAUCUACAUAGAGCACACCUACGAGUGCCCCAUUUUCCAGACCAAGGCCGACGAGUGUGGAGCAUUUCUGCAGCAGAGGAUUCCGGAGCGCAAGUUCCAGCUGGUGAAGAACAAGUAUGGACGCCAGGUGCCCCGGGAAGGAGCCUUCGAGAUAGGCUUCUCGCAGAACGCCCGCACCUCGGUGCACCUUCUCUGGUCUGGCCUGGACAAGGGACCGCCGCGGCGAGACAAGUUCCCCCUGGACUAUGAGUCACUCGUUCCCGAUGUCAACAGGAUACUCAAGAAGUUCUACCCCGACAAGGCAGUGGGCGUGGUCGACGAAGACGAGGACGAAGCGAGGGAAGAGGACAUGUAAACACACUUAUUUUCUCUAAAUUAUAAAGUAUUUACCAUAACAAUGGCAAAUAUAAGGCGUGAAAAGUAAACAAAAU